UACAUUGCAGUCGGUAAUGAAGUGAUACCUGGAGAUUCAGCUGGAUAUGUGCUCCAAGCCAUGAAUAACAUCCAAUCUGCUCUAUCGGCCAAUGGUCUGCAAGGCCAAAUUAAAGUCUCAACUUCGGUUUCUCAGGGUGUCCUUGGGACAUCAUAUCCUCCAUCUGCUGGUGCAUUCUCUUCUGAUGCAUCACCGUAUUUGGGACCAAUUGUUAACUUUUUGGCUAGCAAUGGAUCACCACUCCUAGUAAAUGUGUAUCCAUACCUCAGUUACACCGGCGACAUGGAGGAUAUCAGUAUCGAUUAUGCCUUGUUUACUUCACCGGGAAUCGUCGUACAGGAUGGCCAAUUUGGCUAUCAGAAUCUUUUUGAUGCAAUUGUUGAUGCAGUCUACUCGGCAUUAGCGAAUGCGGGAGGCUCUAAUGUGGAAGUUGUAGUAUCAGAAAGUGGUUGGCCUUCAGCUGGUGGUACCGCAGCAUCACCGGAUAAUGCAAGGACAUAUAAUCAGAAUUUGAUUAAUCAUGUUGGUCAAGGGACACCUAAGACAUCUGGAAGGGCUAUAGAGACUUAUAUAUUUGCCAUGUUCAAUGAGGACCAAAAGCCAGCAGGGAUAGAGCAGAAUUGGGGUCUAUUCUAUCCAAAUGAGCAACCUGUCUAUCAAAUCAAUUUCAGUUAGAAGAUAAUAGAGGGUUGGCAAAAAUUAUCCAUAUAUUGUAAGUGUAGUCUGGAAUAAACCAUUAGAAGGAAUGGACAAUUUCUUAUUGCUUUCUCUUUUGUAUUACAUAUAUCAGAAUAAUUCCAAGUUCAAAUAGAACCCAU